AAGACUGCUACAAAUAUUGUUUAGAAUAUCAUUAUUUUAUUCUAAGCAUCUAUCAUAAUAAUUCAAAAAAAAUGUCAGACCCGAGGCAAAGUUGUAAAGGACAUUUGAAUAACUUAAAAACAUGGAGAAAUCAUAUUAGAGUCAGACGUUUAUGCAGACAUUUUGUACUGCCGAAUAACAAACUACGGGAAUUUAUGAACCGGUUAACUUCCUGCAUUGAUGAAGGACUUGGCAAGGAAACACAUCCAAAAGCAACAAUAAAAUGCUGGCAAACAUAUGUCCAAGACAUGCCUACUGGUAAUGAAAAAGGCCAAUUCUUAGCUCUUGAUUUGGGUGGUUCAAAUUUCCGAGUACUCAAACUAGAACUAGGGGAAAAUAAACUUUUCAAAAUGGAUCAAGAAAUAUACGAGUGUUCAAAGGAGUUGAUGAAUGGAACAGGAACAAUAUUGUUUGAUUACAUAGCUACUUGUUUGAACACAUUUGUGACCACACACGGAAUAAAAAACAGUAGCACACUCCCUUUGGGUUUCACAUUUAGUUUCCCAAUGUCACAAUCAAGCAUUGACUCAGGAGAACUUGCAAGAUGGACAAAAGGUUUUACAUGCGAAGGUGUAGUUGGUCAAGAUGUAGUAAAGCUGUUAGCUAAGUCAAUUACUAAUAUCCCAGACUUAAACGUACACAUUUGUGCAAUUUUAAAUGACACUGUUGGCACUUUAAUGUCCUGUGCUUGGUUGAAUCCUAAGACCAGGAUAGGCUUGAUUGUUGGUACAGGUUGUAACUGUUGUUACGUAGAAAAAGUAAAAAAUAUCCAGUUAUAUAGUGGUACCGAAUCAAAAGAAGAAAUGGUUAUCAAUCUAGAGUGGGGUGCACUUGGAGAAAAUAAUGAACUUGAAGAUUUCCAUACUAAAUAUGACAAAGUUAUUGAUGAAAAUUCUGAAAAUCGUGGCCAGCAAAUUUUCGAAAAAAUGAUAUCUGGAAUGUACCUUGGAGAAUUGUUAAGAUUGGUAUUAUUAGACAUGAUAGAAAAAGAAUUAAUAUUUGAUGGUACAAAGCCAUCAACGCUUGAUACUCCGCAAUCAUUAACUGCUGAUGUGUUAUCGCUAAUUGAGAAUGACCCACCUGGAACUUAUGCAGGCACUAGAAAGUUCCUUCAAGGAAUUGGUGUGGUUAAUCCUACAGACGGUGACUGUAUGAAUGUCAGAUAUGCAACAGAGUGCAUUUCGAGGAGAUCUGCGUAUUUAGUGGCAGCUGGACUUACAGCCAUAUUGAAUAAGAUGAAUGAGAAAGACGUGAUAAUCGGAGUAGAUGGGUCAGUGUAUAAAUUUCAUCCGUUUUAUCAUAAUUUAUUAAUGAGCAAGAUUACUGAAUUAGUGAAUAGUGGUAUAAAAUUUGGUAUUAUACUUUCUGAAGAUGGCAGUGGAAGGGGUGCAGCAGUCUUAGCAUCAGCGGUUUGUCCAGAUUUAUAAUUCUGUAUAUUGCUUGAUGUUAUUAUAUAAAUAAAAUUAUAAUUCUAUAGUUUAUUUUGUUAUUUCUAUUUGAUAUUAAAUAAUAAAUAAUUAAACUAUAAUUAAAAAUUAUUUUGUAUUUGGCAGCCAGUUCAGUUUUUGAGUAUGGGUUAAAAAUAUAAUAGGGCUAAAUACAAACCAAGGUCUUAUACCUCUAAAAGUUAAUCUAUCUAGAUUGUCUAUAUGUCUAAAAAUAAAAAAAUCAUAGAUUCUAGUGUUUGCACAAAACAACAAUGCAUACACAUACAUACCUACAUGAAUUUAAAUUAAAAAAAAAAUAAUUAGCAUUUUAAUUUACUAAUAAACUACCUAGGUCCUACGUACCUAAUAUCCUUUAAUUUAUUGCACAUCAAUCGUUUAAAUGUUAAAUAUACAUAUAACUAUUAUGAUGAUUUUAAUUUCAUUGCAUUGAUUUUCGUAAUUUUAAUUCUAAACACAAUAUUCAAGAACCAAUGCCCAAGUUUAUAUCGAAAUGAAACAGGUUUAAGAAGUUUGACGGUAAUACUAUUGAUUAUUAUUAUAUAUGGUACUUAUUGUAUAACUAAUGGUAAU